AUGUUACCCACUCCCCCGACCAAACACCCCUGCACCGCCGCUAUUGUCUAUGCGCCUUCGGGGGUAUCAACGCUUAGUCCCAUGACAUGCUCUUCUCCGAUCCCGACCGCCGAAUCUAGGUUUGCACUGGGUUUGGGCUCGAUGAUACAUGGCUCUGAGAGCUCCGAAUCCUGA